GGCGUCUCCACGGAAACGGAGAGCGUCAACAGUUUGGUUAGCAUUAGCCACAUCCGCACAGUCAGGCUAACGCUAGUUUUUAUUGAUUCGUUUUUGUCGCCGUUCCGAGGGGGAGGCUGUCCAGUAUCGGGUUUUAGCAUUUGAAAGAAGUGAAUGUGAAUUUCUCUGAAUGGAGUGUCUCGGAGUGCAGAGUUUACAGGCUCUGUCUGAGUUGUUGUCAACCCGGCAGCAGGAGGAAGAGGAGGAUGACGAGAGUAAGAAUGUGAACACUUGUGCCCGGCUGGGUCCUGGACACAUUGGCCCCCUACGCAAAGAAGAAAAAGAAGUGCCAUCUGCCUAUGUGAAGAAGACGAGCAAAGAUAUCUGGAGCCAGGAAGAGGUGGCAGAGGGCUCCCAGUAUGAUGAUCUUUCCGACGCGCGGCCACAGCCUGAGUAUGAAAUAAUCCUGAAGCAGAGUGUGGGGACUGAAGAUCUGUUCCUGGGCUUGAGCCGAAAGGACCCAUCCUCCAUGUGCUGUGAAGCCAUGCUGGUGAAAAUCAAACUACCAGAAACGAAAGUCACAGAUGUGUCCCUGGAUGUAAAAGAAACCUUCCUUGAUCUACGGACACCAAAACAUAAACUGGGUCUUCAUCUCCCACACCCGAUCCACAGCCAUGGGGGGAAGGCUCAGUUCUUCAGUGAGAGGGAGGAACUGGAGGUGACUCUACCGAUGAAGCGGCCCAUGGAUUUUAUCAACAUGCAAUGAGAACGAGUGACAGCUGACGAGUGUUCAAGAGACCAAAUGAGAUGAGAGAGUCACAGAGAGAUGAAAUUAUCAGCAUAUGCACACGUUUUCUGUAAUUUACUCUGUUCUGUGUGUUUAUUUCACACUAUUUUCACAUACAUACUGAAUAUGCUUCUCCAAUAAAUGAUUUUUCUCAUUA